AGCGACGUAUGAUUGAGUGACGUCACUACGCUGACGAUUGCGGAAGCAGCGGCUCGGUGCUUUCGUUCGAGCUCAAACCCAAAACAGGGAUGUUUUACCCCUAAUUUCACCAAUAUACGGCCAUAACGGAUAUGCAGAUAUUGCCCGCACUGUGUCGCCCAGAUUCAAAGAGCAUCUUUUGGUUCAUGUCAUUCGAGUGAGAAGGCAGGAAACAUCGCAGCUACAAAGAUGGAGCAGGAGUCAAAUAGCACUGAGCCAGAGACUGUGGCUGCUUCUCCGGCAGGUGCAAAUAAGUCAAAGUUGGAUACGUUGUCCAAAGAUGACUUGAUAAAGUUUGCCAAGAAGCAGAUGGCUGCAAUGCAAAAAAUAAAGAGCAAAUGUGCAGAUUUAGAGAAAGAAGUUGAGACCCUAAAACACCAACCAGAUCUCAAUAAGGGGAGCUCUGAAGAUGCCCUAUUAAUUCAGGAGCUGACUGAGCGAAUGGAUGCAUUACUAUUGGAGAAAGCAGAAACACAGCAAAGCCUUACAAAAUGUCGCAAGGAUUUGGAGAAGACCAAAGAGCAAAGCAAAGAUGACUUGGCAGCACUUCAAGGAGAGCUCGAUCAUGCAAUAGAGGACCAUCAAAAGAGGAUAAAGAUUCUUGAAACCAGCAUUGAAGAGUCAAAUAAUAAACACAAAAAAGAAGUGGCUUAUUUCCAAAAUUUACUGAAAGAACGUGAAGAGUUGGACAGAGAGAGGGAAAGUGAGAGGGAUUGUAAAGCACAGGAGAGCUCUGAAGAAGUCCGCCGAUGUUUGGAGGCUGAAUUAAAAAGUAUUCGAGCAGAACUUGAGGCUGUGCAAAAGCAGAAGUAUGGGGAGAUGACUGAGUUCCAAGAGACUCACCAGAUGGAGCUAACAAAGGCUCAGCAGGAGGUGGAGAACCUGAGGGAGGAGCUGAACCAGAGGGCCCUUCAACACGAGGAGGAGAUCAGGGCUUUGGAGGAGGACUUCGAAAUUGAACGAGACCGACUGCUGCUGCUGCACGAAGAACUCACGGAGCAACUUGCACUCAAAGACAGCUAUUUGCAGGAUGUCCAAGAGGAAGAUGAGGAACCCGCUCGUGGUUCUGGCAUUGCUAAAAUGUUGGAAUUAUCCCGUCGCAUUCAGAACUCCUCGGCACACACAGAUGGUGAAGAAGAGAUGGAACUGGGAAAACUGAGAGAAGUUUUAGAAGAUCUUCAAGCCCAGAACACAAUGUUACAGGAUGAAUUGACUUUGCUCACGAAUCUAAAAGGAGAACUGGAGUCAGAGCUGGAGAGGGCCAGAGAGGAGUUUCAGACAGAGAGAGAGGAGCUGGAGUUUAAAAUCAAUGAGUUACAAUUGAACAAGGACAGCAAUACAAGAGAAUCAGCCAUAACUUUAGAUGACUGUGACCAACAACCAACUGAAAAUGAUGGAAAACUUGAAUGGUCCAAAAAAGUGAUUGUAAGUUCUACUGAACAAGACCAAAACUUAUCAAAACUGGAGGAGCAGCAAAAGAUAAACCAGGAUUUGAAAGCCCAAUGUGAAUUGUUGACCAAAGAAAGGGACUCUAUUUUGGCGGAGUACAACCACACAAGAGGAAUUUUACAAGGUUUUGAGACAGAGCUAGAAGAGAAGACUAAAGAUUUUGUUUCUCAAUACAGUACCAUGAAGGAAGAAGAGGCCAUUGCUAUAAAAGGUCUGCAAGAUAAGAUUCAACAGCUGAGUGAAGAGAGGGAUGAGGUAUUAGCAAAAGUUAAGGAAGUUACAGAAGAGAAGAAUGACAUCUUGGAAAACUUACAACAGCUGAGAGUAAAAGCUGAAGCUUUCCCAAUUGAGGAAAGCAAAUUGCAAGCAGCUAUUGAGGAGCAAAUGGUAUUAGCAUCUGAACUAAGACUUUCUCUGGAAGAGGUAACUAGACAGAAAGAUGACAUUGUUUCCCAAUUAAAUGAGCAUCAAAAUAUGACCGAAGACCUCAAAAUAAAAGUUGAGAAAUUAAAGGAGGAGCGUGACGAAAUGCAGUCUAAACUUCAGAUUCAAGAGGAGGAAAUGCAAAAACAUCUGUAUGAGAAAGCCAAAGAAAUUGAGACAUUGCUCCAGGAUAAAGAGUUGAAUGCAUUGAAACUGGGGAAAGAAGAGAGUGAAAAACUACAAAGUGGCCUAAAGGAGGAGAUGAGUAAAUUGCAGCAGACUGUUGAACAACUUGAAGCCAAAAACAGUGAUCUUGCUCAGAAACUUGAGGAAGCUUCAUCAUACCUCAUCCAAAUGGAGGAGGAGAAGAAACUGUCUGGGUCCAAAAUGGUGUUGCUAAAAUCAGAAUUAGAAAAGGAAACUUCAGAAAGGAGUGAACUUGAGGCUAAGCUGAUUACGCUGACAAAAGAAGCCGCAAAAGCAAGAGAAACAAUAACAACAUUGGAACAAAAUCAAUCAGAAAUGAUGACAAAUUAUACAGGGGAAAUUUUGGAGUUGAGGAUGCGUAUUCAGGAGUUGGAGAUGGAGAGAGACAAGCUAAAAAUGGGUCUUGAAGAAGAUAAGGAAGAGGUCAGGCUAACAGUGCUAAAUGAGCUACAGACUCAUAUUAAUGAAUUAGAAAGGGAGAAAACCGAACUGCAACAUAAUCUUGAGGACGUGAUGAAAGAUGUAGAGGGUCUACAGAAAGACGUGGUGGACAUGACGGCCAUAAAUGAAAAGAUGAAUGAAGAAAAUCAAAUGCUACAAGCUAAAGUUUCAAUGUUAAGUGAAGAAAAAGAGGGCCAUCAGAUAGAGGAAGAAUACAGAAACCAGCUGACAGAGAAGGACACACUCAUAUCUCAACUAAGGGAAGAAGUCACAGCUCUGCAGUCUGCAUCCUAUUCUACCUCCUCUGAAAAUGCUGACAGUGGCCUUACAGAGAAAAUAGCCAUGUUGGAAAAAGAGCACAAACAAAAAGACGAGAAGAUGAACAAAAUCAAGGCUGUGGCGGUUAAAGCAAAGAAGGAGCUGGACAUUAGCAAGAAAGAGGUUGCAGCCCUUAAAGGAGAAAUGGAGAGUCUGAAAGCCGAGCGUGAGAAAGUGAACAGCUCAAUGAAGGAUAUCAUUCAUGGCGCUGAAGGCUACAAGAAUCUGCAGAUUGAUUACGACAGGCAAAUGGAGCAACUGGAUAAAGAGAGAGAGAGAAUGGAGGCGGCCGAGAGACAGAUUGCUGAGCUGACCAAGCGACUCAGCAUUGCAGUAGCACAGACUGAGAUGCUGUCGAGUGAGAAAGAAGACCUGUCGGCUGCUAUGGAGACUUUAAGAAACACAGUGAAGCAGUUGGAAGCUCAGAACCAAGAUCUUCAGAAACAAACAUCAAGUUUGGAGAGAGACAUGGUGGCAGAGAGGACUUUGAAGGAACACAAGAUGAAAGAGUUGUCAUCAGCCACAAAGGAGGUGGAGGAUCUGACUGCUCAGCUCCGCAGACAGCAACAGCAGUCUCAGCAGACUGCCCAAGAGCUGGAACAACUGCGAAAGGAGGCGCAGCAGAGCUCUCUUCUGGACAUGGAGAUGGCCGAUUAUGAACGACUUGUCAAAGAACUCAAUGGAAAACUGACUGAGGGAGAAGAACGAGUGUCUGAGUUAAAGUCUCAAAUAAACACUCUGACCCAGAAUGAGGGGGCACUCAGACAGGAAAUUGAGUCCCUGAAGUCCCUGUUGGAUCAGGGGGAGGAGAAGACCACCAAGAUGAAACAGCUGCUGGUUAAAACUAAGAAGGACUUAGCUGAUGCCAAGAAACAGGAGUCUGCUUUAAUGAUGACUCAAGCGUCACUGCGAGGAGAGCUAGAGGCAAACCAGCAGCAACUAGAAAACUCAAAGAUUGAAGUGUGUGAGCUGACAGCCGAGCGCCAUCGAUUACAGGAGCAGCUGAGGUCUGCACUGGAACAGCACCAGCGAACCAACACCUCCCUGCAACAGCGAGUCAGCAGCCUCCAGAGUGAGAGGGACAACGCAAAGGCGGAGCUUGAGACGACUGCAAGUGAGUUUGAAAGUUACAAGGUGCGAGUCCAUAAUGUUCUCAAACAACAAAAGAGCAAAACUACCUCUCAGAGUGAUGGGGAUUCAAGCAAAACUGAAAGGGAUCAGUUAUCCUCCCAGGUGGAGUUGCUUCGGUCCAGGCUGUGUGAGAAUCAGCAGAGUCUUCAGAGUGUCACAUCUGAACUGCAGCAGCUUCAGAGUGAACACGACACGCUGCUUGAGAGACACAACAAAAUCCUCCAGGAAACUAUCAGCAAAGAGGCGGAGCUCCGCGAGAGACUUCUCUCACUGCAGUCUGAAAAUGUGAGUCUUCGAUCAGAGGCAUCGCAGGUGCAGGCGGACCUGUCCUCUCAAAUUGAGGCUCAGCGUCAGACGUACAGGGAGCAGCUCAGGAAGCUCCAGGACGAGCACAGAGCCACAGUGGAGACUCUGCAGGGACAACUGAGUCGAGUGGAGGAGCAGCUCUUCAGCCUGCAGAGCCAGACCAGUGCUGUGUCGGUACAGUCCAGUCGUAAGUCUGUGUCCGACUCUCAGCGUAAAAACCCAGACUUGAGCCAUUCUGGACUGAGCUUCUUGGCUCUAAGUGACCUCCAGUCGAUGGCCCGAGAGGAGGGGGAGGGCAUGGAGACGACGGAGACAGAGAGCCCGUCUCCUGCCUCCACACCCCUACCAUCUCUGGAGCAGCUCCUCUCAUCUCCUGACCCCAAACAAGAGCCUUUUGUUUGGACCGUGGAGCCGACCAAAGAAGAGUUGAGUCAGAAGCUCAGCACAGCCACACGCAGCUUGGAGCACAUAAACAGCCUUCUACAUGAGACUGAGGCCACUAAUGCAGUUCUAAUGGAGCAGAUCACGUUGUUGAAGAGCGAAAUUCGUCGUCUGGAGAGAAACCAGGAGAGGGAGAAGAGCGUUGCCAAUCUGGAGUAUCUAAAGAACGUGCUGCUGCAGUUCAUCUUCCUUCGAUCAGGAAGUGAGAGACAGGCCCUGCUGCCCGUGAUCCACACUAUGUUACAGCUGAGCCCAGAGGAGAAGAGCAAACUGGCUGCUAUUGCACAAGGUGAAGAAGAGAGCUCUGCGUCGAGAGGUUCUGGAUGGUCGUCAUAUCUCCACAGCUGGUCUGGGAUCAGAUGAGUUCAGUGACACAAACCAAACACUGGAAGCACAAAUGUUUAUGUUAAAAAGUGAAAUCUGUAUAAAGGGAGUCCUUUUUGUUUUCCCAAUUUGUAUGGGACCAAUGAAUGUAACAGUGAUAAAUGAAGGGUGUCUGCAGUUGUAGUUCUUAUAGUUGAAGAACUGCAAUAUAAUAUCUAAUACAUGUAUGUAAAAUAAACAUUCAUUAAUUAUCUUAUCAAAAAUGUGAGAAUUGGUGCUUGAAAAGUACUAUAAGGCAUUACUAAUAGAAGGGAACAUUACUUACACGAUGCCUAAACAAUUAAAUCCCCACUCCAAUUACUUUUUUUAAGUAAGUACAGUAUAUAAACUGUACCGCUAACAGUUUUGGUUGAGUAAAAUAACUUUCAUUAUUUUGUUAUUGUGUGUUUUGGUGUUUAAUCCUUGGUCAGACCAUUGCCUUGCUUUGAGAUUUUGUAGUGUUUUAAGGUAAUCUAUGUUUUACUUUAAUAUUACUGUUUGGUUUGUUGUUCUAUUGACCUAAAUACAGAUGCGUUGGGAAUAAAGUUUUACUAUUACUAUGAUAAAACAUAAUUUAGCUCUAAAGCUCUCUUGAUUCCUGACUCUUGAUCCAGCUUUUGGGCAGCUUUUCUCAAUCAUUCUCAUACUGUGAAUGUAAUCUUUACAUUUAUAAUGCAAUCUAGUUUAUUUAUGAUGCUUAUUUUUUACUGUAAUUCAAUCAUAUCUGUGAAAUAAUAAAUGGAACUGGUGUAUGU